AUGGAACUUUGGCUACUUAUAGUAGGAACAGAUUACCUUAUAUCUAAUAUCAGACGUAUCAAAAAUAAAAAUGGUAAAAUUUCAGAAGGAAGCAUUCAUAAAGGACAUGGUUAUGCAGUAACAAAGAUUAGUAAAAAUAAUAAUUAUAGAUCUGUUAAUAUUCACAGACUAGUUGCAGAAGUAUUUAUUCCUAACCCAGAAAAUAAACCUUUUGUUAACCAUAUUAAUGGUAGAGUUCAAUUAUUAAAUAGGAUGAUUACACAAGGCUCAUUAAGUGAAAGGUAUUUUCAAGUUGGCAUAGGGCAUCUAAAGUAUCAGGUUCAUCAUUUAGUAGCAUUAGCUUUUUACCUAAAAGAACAAGGAAAAGAUUAUGUAAAUCAUAUUGACAGGAAUCCUACUAAUAAUAAAGUUUCAAAUCUUAAAUGGUGUACACAAAAAGAAAAUAUGCAACACGCAAUAUCUCAUAAAUUAUGA